CGCCUCCGCUUGUCUGUCUCAGAGGAACGCCAUUGUGAGCCGUAGCGACUGUGCUGCGCGGUGAGUGUACCGUUCAUUUUCACGUACAUCAACCGUCCACCCGGGAAAAUUUCGUACCCGCGUCGCCUGACACGUCCGAGACGCCGGGGAAAAUCAACGAAGCGUGAGAUUUCCUAACAUCGAUCAAGUUUACGAGGAAAAUUAACAGUAAAAAUGGCAAACGAACCCGAUAUGCCCACCUUCAAGUGCGUGCUCGUCGGCGACGGUGGUACCGGCAAGACCACCUUCGUUAAACGGCAUCUGACUGGUGAAUUCGAAAAGAAAUACGUCGCCACUCUGGGUGUAGAGGUGCAUCCGCUAAUCUUCCAUACUAAUCGUGGACCGAUCCGUUUCAACGUCUGGGAUACGGCCGGUCAAGAAAAAUUCGGUGGUCUCCGCGACGGCUAUUAUAUUCAAGGACAGUGUGCCGUAAUCAUGUUCGACGUUACAUCCAGAGUGACGUAUAAGAAUGUACCCAACUGGCACAGGGAUCUGGUCCGUGUCUGCGAAAACAUACCGAUUGUCCUUUGCGGUAACAAAGUUGACAUCAAGGAUAGGAAAGUAAAGGCCAAGAGCAUCGUGUUUCACAGGAAGAAGAAUCUACAGUACUACGACAUCAGUGCGAAAAGUAAUUACAACUUUGAGAAACCUUUCCUGUGGUUGGCUCGCAAGUUGAUUGGAGAUCCAAAUUUGGAAUUUGUCGCUAUGCCUGCACUAUUGCCACCGGAAGUUACUAUGGAUCCACAGUGGCAGCAACAGAUCGAGAAAGAUCUCAAAGAAGCUCAAGAAACGGCAUUACCAGAAGACGACGAAGACCUUUAGUUUAUUUAAUACUGUGGAUGUGGCCUUUACGGAGAGUAAGGCCUACUAUGCGAGUGUCCCUUGGAUGUAUUGAGCACUCGUGUUUCUUCAUAUAGAGAUCGAAGAUUCUUUCUUUGAAGGAAGUAAUAAUUACAUAUUUACAAAAGCAAUAUUUAGUUCAAUAAACAUUAUUCUGGAUAUGUAAUUUUGGUAUGAUCUUAUAUUAUCAUUAUCAUUAUUAUAGCCUUAAAGAUGGGUCACUUGGAUGUGUUAAUACGAAAUACACACAUGUGUGAUUGUGUAUGCAAAUCUACCUACACUUGCAUGUUUAGAUUUUGUAAAAUUCUCACAUAAGGGAAAGAUGAUAUCAUAUAAAUCUAAAAAUUAAAAAUGGAACAAAGUUAAGGAGCGAAGGUGAAACAAUUUGUGAUACCAGUUCAUAGAAUACAGCAUGCUGGAAUUGUUGGACGUGAUGUAAUAUGAAACAAUCCAAACGAAUUCUCUACAUAUUUCGAUUCGCUCGCUUGUAUAAAUGUGCGUGCGUGCGUGUGUAUGUACAUAUAUACGUAAGAAAUGGGAAUUGUAUAAGAUGUGCUGUAUAUUAAACACAAUCGCGUUAACCCACUUUAAGGCGUAUCUAAACUUAACGUUAUUUAUUUUCUAUGUUUUGUUUUUAUACUUUUCUGACAUCAAAUAUAGAAUACAAACUGCCAAUUCUGAAAUAGAUGUAUACAAUAGUUCGGCAUGCAAUGUGAUUAGUUUACAAGAAAGAAUCUUACGAUAUACAAUUGCAAAUUUUUAUAAGCAAAAGAUGAAUGUACCAUUUGUUCAACUUAAAUUAUAUAAACAGUGUUGCUUUUCUAUACAAGAGAAAUUUUGUUAAGAGUAUGUGAAACUGUUAAUCCACCCUUUUAAAUCAUUGUUUCCAAUAACUAAUUAACAGAAAAAAUGAGACGUGUAAAUUACACUGCUGAAUUUUUAGCAUAGAAAGAAAUUAGAGGAAUGACAUUGCAACAUGUACAUUUAAUUCUUGUACACUUCUAAUAGCGUUUCAUUAUUCUGCUUGAAGCAGAUUGUACCAUGCUGAUGUAUGAACUUUAAUAAAUUAUGAAACUGUUUUUAAAG